UUCAGAUAACGAGGAUAUCAAUAGCAAUGUUAGCGAAAUAUAUUUGCUUUGUGUCGAUAGUAGCCACAGGUACCGCGUUGAUGUGUAAGAUGUGCGAUAAUCACAUCACUUGUGCACAUGAGUUGACCGAGUUGUGUCCACCACAUACGCAGUGUUACACGAUCAAACGACAAGGACGAGCAACACACAAGGGAUGUGCAAGCAGCUGUGCCGCACUGCCAUUUGCUGCUGGGGCCGAAUGCGCAACAUGUAAUCACAGGGAUCACUGUAACGAUAAUACUUUUACGAUGGGUUCAUAUGGCUCGCUUGGAGAAGGAGUUCGUCCCAGCCACCACAAUAAUGGCGAACAUCGCGGCCAUAUAGGAGGUGGCGUAUAUCCGAAUUCCAGUCCAAUAUCAACCAUCUCCUCAUUUGCUUUCGUUAUGGCCUUUAUUUCGUUUCUGUGAUACAAAAGGGUGAGCACAAGGAUCGUAAAACUAAAAUUAUUACAUGUAUCGUGCACACUAGAUAUGAGCAAUACAGGCACUCAAAUGUUUUGGCAAUAAUGCUUCAGCUCAUCGCAGUAGUUUGAGAUUCUUCUUUCUUGUUACAUCUCCUCGAUUGUAUGUAAAAAAAAUUUUGUUCUUGUUUCUGAACAAAGUCUCUGA